GCCCCUUUAUGCAAAUCAGCCGUGACGUCGGCGGAAGCCAGCGCUACGUCUCUUCUUCCGACAGAUAUUCCUUUAAAGGCGUAUUUAAAGCCCUGGGCUCAGUUGCAGGAGCAGCGGACAAACCUAUGCAACAAAAGCUGCCGCAGAGCCGAGCGACUCUCUGACCGCUUCAGCGGACACAAAAACACCGGAGCCGGCGGGUGACACGACCCGGCGAGGUACGACUACAGGGCUUAAGAUUGCAGCCUGGACCAAACGACAACGUCUCAGAGACAUUUAUGAAGCUUUCAAGGUUUUUUUGAUUGAUCAGCCAAUCGAUGGGGAUUUUCAGAGGAGCUCCGCCCACCUACGUUGCCUGCCCUCCUCCCCCUCCCCCCUCCCCCCGCGGCCUCUUCUUCGCCCACACGCACUCCGUCAUCCAGCCCGCCAUCCAGCCCUCCAUACACAAAAUGACUCUGGAACUCACCGAAUGGUCUUCUAUAUGGAUUUUUACUGCUUGUAAUAGACAGUAGGAAAAAGAGGGGGCAAAAAACCUCAAUGACAAAAAAGCCAUAAACAUACACCACACACACACCACACACACACCACACACACACCACACACACACACCUACACGUAUACAUGCAUGUACACAAACACACACCUGACACAAAAAGAAAGAAGCAAACGCACAAACUCACUCUUGGAAUGUACCGCUCACUCUUCCUGUGAAAAUUCAACUGCUUCCGUUAUUUUUCUGGAUUUUCUACAAGCCUUCGGAAAGCCGAUUUGAAUUAUUUUUUUUCGACUCUUGGUUAACAAAGGAGGAUUAAAACGUGUUACGGCUGCAGUGUUUUUGGAGGACAACUGAUCGCUGAUUGUUUUUCCUCAUUUACUUGGUCUCUGUAGCCUUUUUGAUUUUAGCAGGACACAGAGUUUUGUUUUUUAAUUGGUGAUUGUUCUAUUAAAGCAGAAAUAGAUGCUAACUACUACAGAGCCAGCAAGUUACUACACAGGUUACAAUUUGUAGCUUGUUCAGGUUGAAGUUACUUCCAGGAAGUCACUACUAGUUUUAAAGAAACUACAAGUACCUUGACACGAGUAGUUUGUGGAAGCAGGGAAGGAUUUUUUUUUGCUCGCUACAGGUUAUUUGUCAGUGUGUUCGAAAGAGUGCGCUUUUUUUCUCAUUGCUUGCAUGCCCUCCACCAUGCCUCCCCAGAACACAGAGGCUGACGCUAUGCAGGUCGGUUCUGUGGUGGGUGGGGUCAACGCUAAAAACUCCACAGCAGCAGCAGCAUCGGGCACGGACGAGGAGAAAGGAGGAGCAGGCGGCGAGACGGAUGGUUCAGGGAACGGAGGAGGAGGGGAGGAGUCAGCCAGCGAGGGGUCGAUCGAAGGCAUCCCCCUGAAGAGAUGGGUGAUGCACGGGGCCGUGAUGUUCGGCCGGGAGUUCUGCUAUGCCAUGGAGACGGCGCUGGUGACGCCCGUACUGCUGCAGAUAGGUCUUCCAGAGCAGUACUACAGUCUGACAUGGUUCCUCAGUCCGGUCCUCGGCCUCAUGUUCACCCCUCUGAUCGGCUCGGCCAGCGACCGAUGCACUCUGCGAUGGGGCAGGAGGAGGCCGUUCAUCCUGGCUCUCUGUAUAGGAACACUGAUUGGAGUGGCACUGUUUCUGAACGGAUCGCUGAUAGGUUUAUCCAUGGGCGACGAGCAGGGGAGACAACCAAUAGGAAUUGUUCUCACUGUGCUCGGCGUGGUGGUGUUGGACUUUUGUGCAGACGCAACAGAGGGACCAAUCAGAGCGUACCUGCUAGACGUGGCAGACACAGAGGAACAAGACAUGGCGCUUAACAUCCACGCCGCCUCAGCAGGUCUUGGUGGUGCGGUCGGCUACGCUCUCGGAGGUUUAGACUGGACGCACACCUUCCUCGGAGCAGCCUUCAAGUCUCAGGAGCAGAUCCUGUUCUUCUUCGCUGCCAUCCUCUUCUCUGUCUCUGUGGUGUUACAUCUCUUCAGCAUCGAGGAGCAGCAGUACUCGCCCCAACAUGACAGGCUGGACCAGGAGAGUCCUGAUCGUCCCAACACACAACCAUCGGCCAAUGGCAGGACUGGACUUCUCCCCCCUAAGCUGGAAUUGAUUGGAGAGGAUGAAACGAUGGAUAGCUAUGACCUCUAUGACCCUUAUGGAGAUGACCAGUCAGAGCGGGAUAUGGACAUGGACUUCCUGGAGGUGGAGCUUGUCAGGAGUAAAAGUGACAGUGUCCUUGCCAUGGCAGACGACACGCUCGACCACCUUGACCACGAUGCAUUGUUCCUGUGCCACCUGGAGCCUUCCAUCUUCGCUGACCGCCUCUCACCCUAUCACGGCUCGCCUCCAACAACCUCAUUCUUCAACCCCAAUCGCAGCACCCCACCACCACGGUUUGGCAACAUCAGACGCAGCAGCAGCAUAGGAAGUCAAGACCUGCUGCGCAUCCAAACCAACAACCACCAAACGCACGCUCCCAACCCCAGGAUAUCCCGCCUCUCCGCUUUCUUACAGGAAAUGGAAAAUGACGACGGUCAGGAGGAGUUGCUGAACAACCAGCUCAACGAGCAGCGGACGCUGAACGGGCGGCUAUUAGCCAGUGUAUCUAAUUCUGACAGAGUCAACACCAACAGACUGAGCUCCAAGGGUCAGGCACAUCGUGCUGGAAUGGUCAAAGCUGCCAGUACUGGAGCCCCCAUGCGUCAGCCACGUUACCGUCACACCUUCUACCGUCAGCCGUCCUGCACCUUCUCGUACUACGGUCGAGUUGGGAGCCACCGCUACCGCUACCGCCGGGCAAAUGCCGCUCUGCUCAUCAAGCCGUCCCGCAGCAUGAACGACCUGCAUGAAGUGGAGACCAGACACAGGAGGAGGAGGAGCAGACAAAGAAACAGACACCGCAGCGGAAACACCAACUCUUCCAGCGGGGAUACAGAGAGCGAAGAGGGAGAGGUUGAGACCACCGUGCGGCUGCUGUGGCUCUCCAUGCUGAAGAUGCCCCGUGAGCUGCUGAGACUAUGCGCCUGUCACCUGCUCACCUGGUUUUCCAUCAUCGCUGAAGCUGUCUUCUUCACUGACUUCAUGGGACAAGUCAUCUACCAUGGAGAUCCUACUGCUCCUGUCAACUCGACUUUGUUGGAAAAUUAUCACAAAGGAGUUCAGAUGGGAUGUUGGGGACUGGUGAUAUAUGCCAUGACUGCUGCUACGUGCUCAGCCAUCCUUCAGAAGUACCUCGACAACUUUGACCUGAGCAUUAAGGUCAUCUACAUCCUGGGAACGCUUGGCUUUUCCAUAGGAACUGCCGUCAUGGCAAUCUUUCCUAACGUGUAUGUCGCUAUGGUGAUGAUCAGCAGCAUGGGUGUCAUCUCCAUGAGUAUCUCCUACUGUCCUUAUGCUCUGUUAGGACAGUAUCACGAAAUAAAAGAGUACAUCCAGCACAGUCCUGGUAACUCCCGGAGAGGCUUUGGCAUAGACUGCGCUAUCUUAUCCUGCCAGGUGUACAUCAGCCAGAUCUUGGUGGCCUCAGCUCUGGGCGCCGUAGUAGAAGCUGUUGGCAGCGUCCGUGUCAUUCCCAUGGUGGCCUCCGGGGGCUCCCUCCUUGGAUUCUUCACCGCCUGCUUCCUAGUCAUUUACCCGACUCCAAACACCCGGGAGGGGGACUCAGCCAAAGCUUCAGAGAAACGGGCCUUGACGAUGCUGGAAAAUCCCAACAGCAACGAAGUGGCUGUUGCCGUGGCGAUUGAAAAACCCAGCUUCCUGAAACUCAACAAGAAGGGCAAGGCCACCACCACCACCACUUCCUGUCACACGGAGAACGAGUCAGCUCUGUAAUUGGCUGGCAAAGUCAACUGAUAAAAUGAAACUAAAUUGAUUAUUAAGAUUAUCGCUGUUGGAAUUUUUUUUUUUUUUUAGGAUGUGCCGACGUCCUCGUCAUGCUGGAGUUUAUGGACACAAAGAAGAGAGAGGAGGGCGGUUAGUUUGAGUUUGCUCCACCCUUGGUGUCUGUUCUUACUUUGACAGACUUUUUCUGAUUCGCCGUGUCUUGAUUUGCUGAAGAAAACAACUCACUCUGUCAUGGGACCAGUGCUACACAAGACCAACCUAUCCUACGAAAAAAAAAAUCAUUCUGGUCCCAGUGCUGUUUCAGCCGUCACCGAAAUCCCUUCUACUUAACCCUCAUGGACGUUUGAGUGAUCCGCCGGAGUUGUCCAAAAGUGAGAAAUUUAUUGGUCAUGAUUUAAAGGAGAGGAUGUCUCUGUCUCUCAGGUCCUCUAGGAGGUGCUACUGAGCAGCCGCCUGGACAGGAAACUUCAGGGGACUCACAUACACACACUAACUAACACACACACACACACAUGCACCUCUUCAUCUGGGGUCAACACAAUCAAAUGAACACCUGAAUAACGAACAUUGUUGAUGAACAUUAGUCCUCGAAGCUGCAAUCACUCAAAGAUGCUGAAAAUUGUUCUUCCUCGCUGUGGAAUCGGCUCGUUCCAAUUUACUCCCUGAUGCAGAAGCUGAUGGACGAGAGUGUGUGUCCGCUGACUUGGUGUCUCCAGCGGAGGCAUCGCGCUCACCAAAAUAAACCCAACAACACACUUGACUUUGCGGGACUUUUACAGCACUCUGUGACAGUAGCUUUAAGACUUUACAGACGUUUGAAAGUGGCAUUUCUGAAACCAAGAGCCUGAAGCCUGGUUCCUUUGGGGAAAAUGAUUGAUAUUGAAUCCCCAUAUUCAUUUUAUUUUUUCUUCUUUUUUUUGCCCUCCUCCAUGUGGAAGGAGCGCUUUAGCCUGGGCAGAGUUGACAAUGUUUAAGAGCAGAAAGUUGCCUGUGUAUUGAGAGUCGAAAACACAGAUGUGUAUUGAGUGAAAUUCCAGGAAAGAAGGAGCAUAGAUGCAAUAUGCUCGGUAUACAGGGCAUUAAAAUCCCAAAUAUUAUAUUCACGAUUUCCUGAGGGCCCAGAAUGAUGCUUGUGUUUGUUCUGAAUAAUCAGACUUAACCUACAUGCUGCAUGUUAGAGGAGCAGAGAAGAGAGAAACCAAACGGUAGGAGAGAAGAGAGAUGUGGAGUUCUCUCUCUUUCUCUCUACCUUCUUGCUUAUUUUUUUCUUUAGAAAAUGCUGUUAGCACAAUGUUUGUCACUAGAUGCACAUUAGCUGAGCCAUUGUUGAAAGUUGUUUGGAAUCCUCUUUGGAUUGGGGUGUUGGAUUUGUUGGUCUUAUGAUACCAGUAUCAGACUCUACCAGUAAACAUCAGAGUCUGGAAUGGGAUAGAUGAUUGGAUGAAGAAUGGAUUCUGGAUGUACAUAAGAAAAAUGUAUGAGAAACAUUUUGUUUCCAGAGCCUUUAUUAUGUCAGAGAAGGAAAAAUAUAUCCUUCUAGUGUUGAGAUUUAGUAGCCUAUAAUAUCAGGUUUAUGCUGGUGACUUGAGCCUGGAUGGAGGACGUACAGUCCUGCUUCAGGUGUCUUUGUCGCUACAUCUGUGUGUUGUGCUGAAUGGAUGUUCAGAAGAGGAAAGAUGGACGAGGCUUAAAAAAAAUAGAAAAUGCGCUUAUUCACUUUGUUACAGAGAGUAUAGAAUAGCGGAGACAGUUAGCUUAGCUUAGCUUAGCUUAACAUACAUUUGGUUACAUUACACCUGGCUAGCUGUUUCCAGUGUUUUUUAUAAUUUGGUACACAGAAUUAAUUGUUAACUGUAAAUUUAGAGAAUUUAAAUCUGGAUUGAAACUAAUUCCAAAUACUUUUUAGAUGCUUACUGUAAGUAUGUCGGACCCAAAAUUGCAUUGAAAGCUUUUGUGGAUUUGGGUUUCUAGUGGCUUUAAAGUCUUUGCAUAUUUCUUAAAAUCUUAGAACUUGUAUAAAAUUUGAAGUAUUAUAAAAUGCAUGUCUUAACUUCAUCCAAAAUGAAGUACAAUAGGUCAAAUCAAUCUUAAAUUUAGCCUCCUGAAAAACUAUUAAGAAUAAUUGACCAAAUUACAAAAUAUCUAGAUUAUAUUGCUUCAUUAAACUGGCGUAAGACAUGCCUCUGCUGUGCCAUUUUGCAUCCCUAACUCCAGUUUCUUUUAAAAUGGCGUUCACAAAAUGUCUGCGUCUGCUGUUUCAUGAGGACGGUCUGAUGGUGGAUGAGGAAGUAAAACUGUUGAGUUUAGCUCCACUUUGACCCUGUUAACGUUCAAACACAGUAAUGAGACGAAGAGCCCAAUCAUAAAAAUAUUGAAGUUACAUAUAAAUCAGUACAUGAGUGAUGCUGAGCAUAGGCCGAUAAUGUUGAAUGAUUAUAAUCUUUGGAAUGUUACAAUAGCAAACGUUGAUGUGUAAAAAUAUAAAGUUGUAGUUAGAAAGACAAAAUGAAAGAUUUCAGGUUUAAUUGUGUCGUUUGUUUUCUGACAAAUCAGAUGUUUAGUUGCAAUAACGGCCUCUGUUAAUCAGCCGGUGGAGGGGACUGUGUGGGGGUUGUGUGGACGGAGCAGGGUUUUUUUGGUUUUUGUUAGUGACCUUUCUGAAAGCCGUUCCAGGUGUUUUUUUUUCCCCCCUGCAUCUGUCGGGGUGAAAGGUCGAUGUGGGUCAGUUUUCCUUUCAGCUCAAUCAGCUGAAACAUGCAAAGGAGUCGAAAUUUAAAUUGCAGCGGGUUCACUUACUAAUGAAAGAACGUUUUAUUUAGGUGUGUAUCAGAGCGUCCAGUGAAGAAGGUUAUUUUUUUUAUUUUAUGUGGCUUUUGUUCACUUGAAUUGGUGUUUUUUUUAGAUUCCUUCCAUAAUUUCAGGUACAUUCAGUCAGUCCCAGAGCAGAGGACAGAGAGAGUAUUUUGCUUCCUGGGUUGACCCUGCUCUGGCUGUGGCGCUGGGACAAAAACAGCAGGGAUUGGACAAUGACAAAAGACGAGGAGGUACAGAUGCCAGAGUUUUGGACGGCUUCUGUAAACAGUAGGGCAAUAAAAUAUUCCGGAUUUUUUAAAAAAUGGACACGCAACUUCAGUUUAAAGGACAAACGUGAAGCUAAAAAAAAACUAAAAAACUUUGGGGUUUGGGAGUUUUGCAUGCGACAACAGCAAUAUGCAUGUGUGGAACACCAAAGUAUGACUCUGUACAAAUCACUCAAGCUCUUUUCUUUAUUGUCCUAAUAGGUCAGGGAUGUAUUUUCUAAUGCAUGGCUGGAUGUUUGUGUCUUUUUGUUUUGAAUUUUAACAUGUAAAAAAAAAAAACGAAACCAACAUGUACUCUUUAAGCUGAAGCAUUGUGCUCGGUCUGGGUCAGUACACUAUUAACAAGCACGUGACUUAAAAAAAAAAAAAAAAAAAAAGUCAGACAGCGCACAUCUUGCUGCUUUUCAACACGCGGAUGCUGAAAUGUUAAAAAGACGGGAUGUGUGUCAUCCAGAGCGACACUCCUUUUUUAAAAGUGUGGGCGAGAGAGAAACUCCAGGCCGUGAAUACUUGAAGUGCAACUUGAGUGUUUCUGUUCCAACGCAGUAGAAGUCUUGGAUUAUUAUUAUUAUUUUUUAUUCUUAACGUCCCAAGCCUUUUUACCACACACUCUGGAAUGUUCAGACAGCAGCUCGGCCUGCUGGGAGAAUAAGUUCUUACCUAUUGAUUCCAUCUUGUGACUUAAAUGUUUUUCUUUUUUUUUUUUUAAAGUCAAUGAAUGUGAAGUGAUUUCAGCCGAAAUCACUUUUGUUUUGAUGUUCGACAAGCCGGGACAGGGGUAGGGGGGACAUCUGACAUUGCACAGAACUUGCACAUAAGUUAAAAAAAAAACUAUUAAAAAAAACAUAGAAGUGUGUUACGAAAGGAAGAAAAAUAUAACUGUGGAUAUUUAUUUUAUUUUUUUUAGCUUUCUUGUCUAUAAAGACACUUUUCACUUAGUUUCCAAAAGGAUACAUUAAAGAUAUUCUAUUUACUGUUACAGGAGAUGUUACAGAAGUGGACUGGAUUGUUCGUGUGUGUGUGUGUGUGUGUGUGUCUGUGUGUGUGAGCAGUCGUCUCACAGCUGCUCACACGAAAAGGCAAGACUGUGUUCAAAAUGUCAUCUCAGUGUUUGUUUUUGGUUCUUGUUCUCUGUUCUUUGCAAUCACCUGGUUUACACUUAACUCUGGAAUCGAUGGCUGCAAUACCGGAGGUUAUUUACGAGUCUUUACUGUUCUGGUGUUUUAACUCGAUUUAGAAAAAUGUAUUUUUUUUGUUGUUGUUGAUGUUUAAAUUUUUUCAGGCAGAGCCACACACAAGAGUUUGGCCUUUGCACUUUUUCAGUGGCAGCCAUGACGGCUCCACCGUCCUGAUCAUUGAAUGAAUGUGGUGACGUGGUGAUGCUGUUUCUUGUUUCCAGCCAGCAGCUGCCAGUGGCAGCAGCGUGUCGGCCAUGCAGUUAGUCCAACCUGGCCAGACUCCGUGUGCGUGCGUGUGUGUGGCUCUGCCUCUGAGUAAACUGUGUGUUAAUGACCGAGGAGAGAGAUGCCUAUAUACUUUAAUCUUCACAGAGAUUAAAUCAAGAAGAAUACUUCAAGAAUGGGAAAUGCGCAGUGUACCAUAUAUAAUAUGCCUUGUUAUUUGAAAAAAAAGAUGUAAAUAUACAUAUUUCUCUUUUAGUUUCUUCUUUUUUGCUGCUAUAAAAAAGAUGAUUAUUUUUGUUAGUAGUUUUGUUUUCUAUAUAAAGACUGUAUAUAUCUCUAUGUUCUGUAAAUAUGCUUGAGCCUUCAUAUGUAGGACUCUGGAUGAACACUGUAUGGAACGCACCUUUAAAAUCUGUUCAGAAGUAAA